AUGGAGAAGAGGAAGAGUGACAGUCAUGCCGUUUUAACUACAUGCUCUUCAGUAAGCCAUGUACUCUGUGCUGUGCCUGACAUCAUGAAUUGUGUGCAGAUCGAGGAGAGCAAUGAGAUGGGCACGGAGGUGCUCCCGGCCGUUGACAACAAGGGCAAGCAGCCCCUUCAUCCAAUGCCCGAUGAGGUUGUGCUGCCGCCCACCACCGAGGAAGACCCGAAGACGCCUGAGGUUGGUGACGACGAGGGCAUGGAGGAGCCUCCCAACAACAAGCGCCGCAACUACGGCCACUACCACCAGGAGGAUGGCCCAACUCACUUCUGCAAGGUCAUCCUUGCACCGAAGCUUGAGUGCGUCCCCAUGCCCCUGGACUUCACCAAGCACUUCGUCGCGGUGCCGACGGAGUUCAAUCUCAGGAACAACACCGUCUGCUCCUGGAAGGUGACAGUGAAGCUGAUGAACGGCAGGGUGACCCAGGAUCAGGGUUGGGCCACCUACGCAACCGUUCAUCGGAUCAAGAUCGGCUACAUGGUGACCUUCAAGCUCCUCACUCCCGACACCCUCAAGGUCAUCAUCUUCGACGACGAUGGCAUUGAGGUUGUCAACAAGUGCGGGAAGCACGACGAAGCCUUCGCCGCCAAGGACUAG